AUGAGCUUCUCUGGCCCAGGCUACACAACAGGCGGCUAUAUGCCUUACCCUCCUCCACAAGGUCAAUACCCACCACAACCACCACAACCACAAAAUCCAUAUCCUCCUCCAGGUCAAUACCCUCCUGGACAAUGCUCACCUUAUUACGGUCAACCACCACCGCAGCAACCUUAUUACCCUCCUCCACCUCCUCCACAACCAUUUUAUGGACAAACACCUCAUUAUUCAGUAGGCCCACCUCUUCCACCAAGAAACGAACAACCUCCUCCUCCUCCUCCGCCAUAUACACCAGACCCAAUUUUCUCACCUUCUGAUCCAACUGUUGCACAAGCCAAUUAUCCUCAACAACCCUACUCUUCUCAUAACCCAUCUCCUCAUCCAGUUCCUUAUGGAACACCUUCAAGUGUCAACCCCAAUGAUUUCAUUAUGCAUGUAGAUCCAAGAUAUCAACAAGCUCCACCCCAGUUUCAACUCUCCAACUGCCAAGGAAGAAAACGAGCCUUAUUGAUUGGUAUCAACUAUUUUGGUCAACAAGCUGAACUCAAGGGCUGCAUUAAUGAUGUUCAUAACGUUAAACACUUUUUGAUUUCAAUGUAUAAUUUUCGACAAGAAGACAUGGUGAUCUUGACAGAUGAUCAAAUGGAUCCACAGAGUAUACCUACUAAACAAAAUAUUAUUCGUGCUAUGCAAUGGCUUGUACAUGAUAAUCGACCUAAUGAUUCAUUCUUUCUUCAUUUUAGUGGUCAUGGUGGAAGAAUGAGAGACUAUGAUGGGGAUGAGGACGAUGGUUAUGAUGAGACUAUUUAUCCAGUAGAUCAUUCAGUCUAUGGACAGAUUGUAGAUGAUAUGAUGAAUGAUAUACUAGUAAGACCCUUAGUCGUUGGGUGUCGAUUGACUGCCGUGUUUGAUUCUUGUCACUCAGGCACAGCACUCGAUCUCCCCUAUGUCUAUUCAACUAAGGGAGCCUUGAAAGAGUCCAACUUUUUCAGAGAUACUGGUAGUACACUCAAGAAUGCAGGCAGGGCUUAUCUCUCAGGCGAUGCUACACGCGCUAUAUCUUCUGUCAUGUCAAUUGGCAAUAAACUCUUGAGUGGGAAUGGUCUAAGUGGUCAAAGUGCGACUACUAAAGAACGCAUUCGGCGUCAAAAGGGCUCUGCUGCUGAUGUAAUCAUGUUUUCUGGCUGUAAAGAUGACCAAACAUCGGCUGAUACAACAGAAGCAGGCAUGGCUACAGGUGCUAUGAGUUAUGCUAUCACUACAGCCCUUCGUCAAAACAGAAAUCAAACUUAUCUGCAAUUAUUGAACUCGGUUCGAUUCAUUCUAAAACAAAAGUAUAAUCAAAGACCACAGCUUUCUUCUUCUCAUCCUAUGGAUAUGAACUUGCUAUUUAUGAUUUAA